AUGGUCCUGCAGGUCCCUGUGACCCUGUGGACAGCAGCUCUGAUGGUGUUAGUGAUGGUGUUGAGCAAACCUGUGGUCCAGGGCAGGACCACUCCAGAGAAUUACCUGCUCCGGGCGCUGCACGAGUGCUACGCGGUUAACGGGACCCAGCGCCACAUAAUGAGAUGCGUCUUCAACCGCGAGGAGUUCAUGCGCUUCGACAGCGACGUGGGCGAGUUCCGCGCGCUGACCGAGCUGGGCCGGCCCUGGGCCGAGUCCUGGAACCGGCAGAAGGACUACAUGGAGCGAAGGCGGGCCGAGGUGGACACGGUGUGCAGACACAACUACGAGCUCGACCAGGACUUCACGGUGGAGCGCAGAG